UGAAUUCUGAAAUCUGAAGUGAAUGGUGUGAUUUGGAAAGCUGCGAUUCGAAGUGUCUCUCUUCAAUUCAUCACAAAAACUUAAAGCUGCGCUGCCUCUUCCUCUCCGAUUCUGCAAAUUUCAAUCAAUUCUCUCACUUCCGUUUCCACUUUGUUUUUUCUCUUAACUUUCUUCCGUAGGGUUCGCAAUUGUUGUUUGCAGGUUGAAGAAGAAGAAGACGACGACGAAGAAGCAGAUCAAAUCCCACCCGUCCAAUGGGAAGCAGUCGAUCUUCCUCGAAGCGAAAAUCUUCUAAAAGGAAAAGCUCCAAACUUUCGUCUGAGGCUCGGCGGAAGAAGAGAAGUAGAAGAACUAAAUCCAGGAAGCUGCGUCAUCGGGAUGAUUCGUCUUCUUACUCCAAUGAUGAUUCAAGAAGUUCAGUUCCCAUUUCAUCUUCUAGUUCUGAGGAUGAGUACAGCAGGGCUCGUUCUCGCACAAGAAGUGAAGUGAAGGGUAGUAGGAAAAGGACUCGACGAAGCUCUUCAAGCCGUGGGAGCAGUGAGGAUUCUCGUCAUGUAAAGAAGAAGAAAGAUUCAAAGAGAAGUUCCAAAUCUGAAACAAAGAAGAAAACCCGUAGGAAGAAGCGAAGGAGAGAGCCUAGUGUUAGUUCUAUAAGCAGUGAUUCACGGAGCUGCUCACCUUGUCGAGGUGCAGGUAGCAGCAGUGGAGAGAGUGAUUUUGAAAGGCUUAAGCGUGGGUCUAGAGAAAAAAGUAAAGACAAGAGAGCUUUGGGUAAGGCUAAGAGUGGAACUAAAAGCAAUAAAAAUAGGUCCAGGACUCCGUCCUGCGGUAGGUAUAGUGACAGUGGUGGUUAUGGCAGCAAAGAUGUAAUGCCCGUUGAGAAUAGUUCAAGGCGUUUGAGAUCAGUUAUUACUGUUGCAAAAUCACAAGAGGAAGAGGUUGAGGAAAAAGAAUGGGAUAAUGAUGGUCAUAAAGAAGAGAUUGUAUAUGAUCGCGAUGAUUGCCCAUCUUGUAGAAGCAAUGAUAGUAAUGACGGAGGUAGCAAGAGGGAAUUGGCUCAUCAUUCACAUGUUGAUCUUGAGAGGUGGGUAGAGGAUGCAAAAGGAGAAGAAGCUUUGGUUUCUGACGUUAAAAUGACCGAUCUCACAAAAAGUGGUGAAGAGGGUGGGCGCCAAGAUUGUCAAAGUAAUUCUCGCUCUGAUGGAGCUGGAGCAGAUAAUUCUCUGAAGGAAAAAAAUAGAGAGGUUUUUCCUACUUCAUCUAGUUCAAAAAGUGACGAUUUGGAGUCAAUUUUGAGGCUAAAGGCUUUAGAAAAUCUAAAGAAGUUCCGAGGUGGGCUUCAAACAAAUACAAAGCCUCCUGCUGAUGAGAAAAGUGAAGGUUGCAGUGAUGUGAAACAGUUAUGCACUGCAAAUGUUGAGUUUGUUCAAAACAGGUCCCCCAAGGAAGAUGUUUCUAGAGCUGUAGAUGCAACCAGAGUACUUGAUCAGAAUCCUACGCCUACAAGUUAUGGGAAGCUUCUAGAGGGAAAAGGUGGUGGCAGUGUGACAGAAUCUGCAAGUGCUAGACUGAGUGUUGUUUGCCCACCAAAUCAGGUGGCUCUAUCUUCCAAAGAAGUGGACCUUUCUCCUGCAGGUGCUGUUACUAGCAAAUCUGAAAUGAGUAAAUCAGCACUGAGGAAAGAAUCUUCAGGCACUAUCGUGAAGCAAACAGACAAGACAAAUAUGUUUGUAACUGAGGGUAAUGUGAAUAAGAGUUCAGCCGAAACAUCUAAAAGUGCGGGCCAGACAAGUAAUAAUAAUGAUGUAGGAGUUAAUAAUGUCACUGAAUCCUCUACUUCCGAGCCUUCCUCCCUUAAACCCACUUUGGAAGAACAUAGCUCAAAAGAACAGCUAGGUCAGGAUAAGGAUGGCUCACAGUUUGAGAAGAAGACGAUGUCUGUGAUGCGGGGCGGUGAAAUGGUACAGGUGAGCUACAAGGUGUAUAUCCCCAAGAAAGCUCCUGCUUUGGCUAGAAGGCAUCUCCGGCGGUGAUGUUUUGAUUUAUGUUUCUGGUGCUAAGAGGAUAUAUGUGGGAAAGGUUCUAUCCCCAGACAAAGUUUUUUGGUUUUUGUUUUUGGACUGUAAACAUUGAAAUCAAGAUGCUUAUGCUCAUAAAACUCAAGCGGUGGAGACUUUAAUAGAAGUGUUUAGUUAUUUUUGGCCUAUUCUACAGCACCUGAAAACUGAGUGGACAGAUCAUUUUGUUCAUUUUGACAACUUUGUGGUUAUAAAGUUUAAUCUUGUAAAUAUUUCCUUUGACUUUCUGCUAAACUUGUUUUGGUUCUCUCAUUUAAUAAACAUUGAUGUCAAUGUGACUUUCAUUGGA